AUGACGGAGUUGAGAGGAGAGCCCGCUCACUCCGGCAUUUGGCCCAACUACGGCGGCUCCUCUCACCUGUCGAGCCGCCUGGGGGGCGCCAUGGACUCGCCCUUUCACAGCUCCUCGUCGGCCGCGGCUCGACCUCGAAGCGGCCAUGCGCCGCCCAUGGACCAUCAUCAGGCUUACCGGUACGGAGGCUACUCCCAGGACGAGCCAAGCACCUACGAGCGACACCCGAGCUACUCGAACCUAAAGCGUUCCUUUUCGCAAGCCGAGCCCCCCGCCUACCAGGAGAUUGUCCAGGAUCUGCGGGACGAUGGCUCGCGCCUGACUGUCAACCAGGACCACAAGCUGUUGGCCUUUCGACGAGCCCAGGACAAGUCGACGGUCGUCGACCACCACGGCCGCGUCCAGCAGAUGGACCUGUCCGCGCAGCUGCACGGCAUGUUCUUCCUGUCUGAGAUGCCGGCCAACGCCACCGACGGCUCGUCGAUGCAGCCGGAGCUGACUUGCUACCGCCGCAACCUCUUCCAGAUCAGCGGCUCACUGGUGAUGCCGCGAGGGCAGCUUUCCGUACUCGGCGAGUCGAACGAGACGCUGCCCAUCACCAGCAUGGAGGUUUCCAUUUCCGCCAUCGAGUCAGUCGACGGUAACAGCGUUCGCCUCAUCGUGAUCCCCUGGAAGACGCCGCCACCGAACACGCCUGAGAUUGCGCAGACUCCGGACCAGGAACCCCCUGCAGUGCCCUUGAUACCAUUCCAGGACGACGGCGCCGAAGCCGACGGAGAGCUGGCUGUCUACCCCGUUGGGUGGCGCCGGCUCCAGUUCAGAAUAGCCACCGCCAACAACGGGCGGAGGAAGGAGCUUCAGCAACACUUUGUGCUGCACCUUAAGGUUCACGGGACGCUUUCCGACGGCAGCAAGGUUGUGCUCACCGAGUCGACGACGGCCCCGAUUGUGGUGCGAGGGCGAAGCCCGCGCAACUUCCAGGCACGCAAGGAGAUUCCCCUGCUGGGGUCUAGCGCCGGCUCCCGGGGCCAGGCUCUGGUCGAGACGGGGCUUGGUGUUGUGGCCAGCGCCAUGACCCUGAAGCAGGACAAGGCGAGGAGCAUGGAUAUGCAGGUCCCGCGAUCCUCGUUUACGUUCAGCCCCCCGAAGUCGGCGGCAAGCUCGCUGAGCUCGAUGCGGUCCAACUCCUACCCUUCAUGGAGCCAGCAAGUCCCCACGUCGGGGCCGGGCGCCUAUCCAGCAACAAGUAUAGGGGGCGAGCCCUACCCGAAGCUGCCACUCGCGGGCGCGUCCAGCUUCGCCAACGAGUCUCAGGAUCUGCCGCUACAGACGUCCUUGGCGCCGUCGCUGUCACUGACGACGGGAGAGCAGCCGCAGUCCUCGCUCCGGUCUCAGUACGCGUACACCAGCUCGGCGCCCAGCGUCACCAUGGGUGCUACGGACGGUGCCUUCAGCAUGCCACGAUAUCUAGACGGAAACCCCAGGCCGUCCAAGAGCCCCCGCCAGGCAGGCCAUCAGUCGGUGCACAGCUCCGGGUCCAUCGCCAACACGGACGCUUCGUCGGACUACCGCUACGGCCCGUACCGAACCUCGACGGCGGGUGCGAGCGACGCCUCCCACGCGCCCAGCUAUACGUCGGAGUCGUCAAACUCCACCAACCCUUCGUCUAGAGAUUACUACCCCUCGUCGAACACAUGGACAAGCACGGCGGCCGAGCCCAGCUCCAGCCUGGCAUAUGCAGGCGCAGACGCACGGUCGUCGUACUCGUUCUCCCACGAGCCCUACAAGAGCGGGGCGUCGACAAUCCCGCCCCUCAAGCAUGAGGUGGGCUCGUCGGCGGUUUACGGCGGCGGUCCUCGCGCCGCUUUUGACUCGAUGAGCAACUACUCGUGGAGCGCGGCGUAG